CUCAUAACUCUAUAUCACUCAUUAUUUCCAUCUCUCUAUUUCUCUCUCUAUGGACGAGGCUGCCAGAGAAACCGAAACUCAAGAUUUCAUGAACGUCGAAUCCUUCUCUCAGCUUCCUUUCAUUCGUCGUCCUAAAGAUAAGAACCCUAAACCCAUUCGUGUCUUCGGCAAAGAUUUCACCGGCGGAGAUUUCUCUAGUACCACCGGUCAAGAAGACUACUCCGAUCCCUACCAGACCAAAGACAAAAAACAAGAAGAAGAAGAAGAAGAAGACCAAACCGGAGAUAACAGUAACGACAAUAAUAGCAUCAGCAACAACAGGAGAUUCGAGUGUCAUUAUUGCUUUAGAAACUUUCCUACUUCACAAGCCCUAGGUGGACACCAAAACGCUCACAAACGCGAACGCCAGCUCGCCAAACGUGGUGUUCCCUCUUACUUUUAUCAUCCUGACAAUAACCCUUACAGUUACCGUCAUUACCCUUCGUGGACCAGUGGUCCAUUAACAGCGGCUAGGUCCUAUGGAGGAUAUGCUUCUGGUCCUCAGCUGUCGGCGUAUUAUACACGAACGAGCUAUGGGAGUCAGUUAGGACUAUGGCGUCUACCGCCUCGAGUUCAAGGCGUUUAUAACUCAAACGCAGCGUUGACUAGUAAUGGCUCUUCUUCUUCUUCUUCUUCUAAUUCGACUUUACCGUUGUUGGCCGGUUCUCAAACCCAACUACCAUCUCAAGUGGGUGGCUCCGCUGCUCAGAACAGAAUGUCAUCGUACCGGUACGGAUUGAGCUCUAACGUGCAAGAUCAUGUGAGUCUCGAUCUUCAUCUUUAAAGAUUUGAAAACAAAUUAAAACUCGGAGUGUUCA